AUGGCGAUUUCCAACGGUGCCAAUCAUGAAGCAACCAGCCUAAAGCCUACAUCUGGAAGGCAGCAUCCAGCAUGGAAACGAUGGGUUCGUUUCAAAGGCACCGAUGGGAAUGUAUAUGGCGGGGAGCCCGUGGACAUAGGAAUGGAUGUUGGCCUAGCCAUUGCCAGAAACGAAGCUGUGCCAGUGAAGGUCGUAGCCGGUGGAUCGGCAUUGGAUUAUGACGCUCCAUUCACUGGCGAGGUGAAGCUCGUUGACGAACUGUUGUCUCCAGUCUCACAGCGAGAAGCCGGAACGGUUCGAUGCAUUGGCCUCAACUACAAGGAACAUGCAGCGGAGAUGAAAAUGGCUCUGCCCAAGAUACCCACAGUCUUUCUCAAAGCAAAUACGUGCAUUGCCUCGGCCUCUGAACCGAUCAUGCUCCCUUCCAACGUGGACUGCGAUGAAGCCGACUACGAAGUGGAGCUGGCGAUUGUUAUCGGCCGGUCAUGCAAGAAUGUUUCUGUUACCGAAGCCAGGGAUUAUAUUCUCGGUUAUUCCACCGCUAACGAUGUAACGGCCCGAAAGCACCAGGAGAGAACGUCGCAAUGGUCCUAUGCCAAGGGAAUGGAUGGUUUCUGUCCACUCGGCCCCUGUAUUGUCUCUACCGAAGAGGUUCCCGAUCCCGCAGUGUUACAGCUACGGACAUCUCUCAAUGACAGAAUGAUGCAGAAUGGUUCUGCAGACGACAUGAUUUUCAGCAUCCCAGAAAUCGUGUCCUAUCUAUCACAGGGACAUACCCUACCCCCAGGAACUGUGAUCAUCACUGGUACGCCUUGUGGCAUUGGCGUGUCCCAAAACCCACCCAAGUUCCUUCAACCGGGCGAUAAGCUGAGGAUCAGUAUUAGCCACGGUUUAGGCACUCAAGUGUGUGAGAUUACAAGAGUUUGUGUUGUAUGA